UUGGCAGUUGAGUUGGCAUCUGUCAAAUUGAGCGCCCGUGCGGUACACGUCCUCACAAAACAUCCUGCCCUAGGAAUGGAGCCCCUCUACCAUCAGACGAACAAAUUGAUUCAGGACACUCAGGCAUGUUUCCAGCAGCUGAACUCCUCCCAAGUUGAUGUUGCCAGUGUCGAGAGUGAGAUCCAGUCGAAAAUUGCUGCUGUCAACUCGAACUGCGAACGGCUGGAUGUCUUCCUGUACAAAGUACCAGUAACACAGCGACAGAAUGCUAAAAUGCGAGUGGAUCAACUAAAAUACGACAUCCGGCAUUUGCAAGCAGCUCUGAGAAUCUGGCAGGAGAAGAAGCAGCGAAGAGAGUUGGAAAUCAGCGAGAGAGAACAGCUCCUGAAUCGUCGUUUUACAGCAAACUCCGACAUGUCCAUCGAUAUUGAUUAUUCUGUGCAACAUCAUAAUGCAAUGCAGAAUGCCCACCGAGGUGUAGACGAGAUGAUAAAUUCAGGAAGUAACAUUUUGGAUAGCUUACGAAAUCAGCGUGUGACGCUCAAGGGGGCCCAUAAACGUCUCAUGGACAUAGGGAACACCCUCGGACUAUCAAAUCAGACCAUGAGGAUGAUCGAGAGACGAAUAAAGGAGGAUAAAUAUGUCUUAUUCGGAGGAAUGUUUGCUACACUCACAAUAAUCGGGCUAUUUCUAUAUUAUUUCUUCUUUUAGCCCACUGUAUUUUGCACCUUUAUCCAACACAAUCAUUUCCCUGUUAUCAUUCAAUUGAAAUAUUUAAUAUUUUGCAAAAAAAAUAAAAGUAUUUUAAAAA